ACGCGUUCUGCUCUCUUUAAAUUCUUCAAGCUCAGUUGGAGUUACACAAGCAUUCUUUCAUCACUCAUCUAUGGAUGCUACUUCUUCAACCCCUCCUUGCAAAUAUGAUGUUUUUAUUAGCUUUAGAGGCAAAGAUAUUCGUGGGGGUUUUCUCUCCCAUCUCUUUGAUGCUUUGCAGCGAAAACAAAUCAAUCCUUUCAUGGAUGAAAACCUUCGUAAAGGAGAAGAGAUCUCACCUGCUCUCUUGGAAACAAUUCAAGAUUCUUAUGUCUCAAUUGUUGUUUUCUCUCAAAAUUAUGCAGAUUCUCCAUGGUGCUUGGAUGAGCUUGUGAAGAUACUUGAAUGCAAGGAAAUUUUAGGACAAUUAGUCCUACCAAUUUUUUACCAUGUAGAUCCAACUGAUGUUCAAGAUCUCAUUGGGAAUUUCGGCGAGGCGUUUGCGGUUGCUAAGCAUGGAGAAGAAGUCAAAGGUUGUUUAGACAAGGCGGAUAAGUGGCGUCGUGCUCUGAUGGAAAUAAGCAAUUUAUCAGGAUGGGAUUCAAAGAAAAUCAAGUAAUUCUGUUGAUUUUUUUACUAUUCUUGUUUUUGUUUGCAUGUAUAUGUAAUCGUGUAUUAUCAAUUUACUUAGAAGCGAGUCUAAGCCUCUAAGGGUGGUUUGCUUUGACUUACUAGCAUUUGUUCUUCAUAUAUAUUACGUCUGAAUCCAAACUAGUUGAGGAAAUUGCCAAUGAUGUUUGGGAGAAAUUAAGUCUCAUCUCCUCAAGUGAUUCUUACAAUGACAACUUUGUUGGGAUCGAAUCACGUCUGAAGAAAGUGGAAUCCUUGUUAUGUAUUGAAUCGAAAAAUGAUAGAAGAGUAAUAGGAAUUUGGGGGAUGGGAGGUAUUGGCAAGACAACUAUUGCUCGUCAAGUAUUGAAUCGAAUUAUGGAUAAAUUUGAUGGGCACUAUUUUGUUGAUAA